UUCUCAGGUUUUUCUCGGCAGACAAUUUCGGCGUUCUUUGAUAGGUCACUGGCUCAGGCACAGGGUGUUUGUCAGUUGUAACCAGAGAGUACUCACUGGUUGCUUAAGAUCACUGGUUUUGAAGAUAAAAAGAAUCAAAGGAAAAAAG